ACUGGUAUUUGGAGAAAGAAUUCUGGGUGAAUUGCAAGUUUGAAUUGUUUAGCUUCUAUUUUUCCUCCGUACAUUUACCAACAUAUCCCAACUUUGAAGUUUAUACAAAAAAAUCAAAAUGGCCACUUGUGUAUCAACAAUUGUUGCACCUUCUAAUACUAGAAAUUCAGCAAGGGUGUUUACUGUUGGAGGAAGAAAUCUGAGGGUGAAUUACCCUGGGAGAGCUCGUUGCAUUAAAAUGUAUGACCGCAGGAAUGGAUUUUCUGGUGGCAUCCAGGUGUCGGGUUUACUUGAAGUUAAGUGUUCAGCCAAUUCUCACGGGGUCAGUCCAUAUAAUAGCCAGGGACCUUUUCUUGAUUUACAUCCUGAGGUGUCAAUGCUUAGAGGAGAAGGGAGCAGUACAGUUAACAGCCCAAGAAAGGAUAGCUCACGUGAAGAUGUAUCUGAGAGCCUAGGAGCUAUGUCUAUUCAAAGUGAUUACAAUGAAGCAAAGAUCAAAGUUAUAGGUGUUGGAGGAGGUGGGUCUAACGCAGUCAAUCGCAUGAUAGAGAGUUCGAUGCAUGGUGUGGAGUUUUGGAUUGUUAAUACUGAUGUUCAAGCCAUGAGAAUGUCACCUGUCUAUCCUGAGAACCGUUUGCAAAUUGGUCAUGAGCUUACGCGAGGUCUUGGCGCUGGUGGUAACCCCGAGACCGGAAUGAAUGCUGCUAAAGAAAGCAGAGAGUCUAUAGAAGAGGCGGUCUAUGGAGCCGAUAUGGUCUUUGUUACAGCUGGAAUGGGUGGGGGAACUGGCACAGGUGGAGCUCCAAUUAUUGCCGGUAUAGCAAAGUCAAUGGGUGUACUGACGGUUGGUAUUGUCACCACCCCUUUCUCAUUUGAAGGAAGAAGGAGAGCUAUUCAAGCCCAAGAAGGAAUUACAGCCUUGAGAGAUAAUGUGGACACACUUAUAGUUAUUCCAAAUGACAAGCUACUAACAGCAGUUUCUCAGUCUACCCCUGUAAGUGAAGCAUUCAAUUUGGCUGAUGAUAUUCUUCGACAGGGUGUUCGUGGCAUAUCUGAUAUUAUUACGAUACCAGGGUUAGUGAAUGUAGAUUUUGCUGAUGUUCGAGCUAUCAUGGCCAAUGCUGGUUCUUCACUAAUGGGGAUAGGAACUGCAACUGGAAAAUCAAGGGCAAGAGAUGCUGCGUUAAAUGCCAUCCAGUCACCUUUGCUGGAUAUUGGUAUAGAGAGGGCAACUGGAAUUGUUUGGAACAUAACUGGGGGGACUGAUCUGACCUUGUUUGAGGUAAACGCAGCAGCAGAGGUUAUAUAUGAUCUUGUGGACCCAACUGCUAAUUUAAUAUUUGGAGCAGUAAUAGAUCCAUCACUCACCGGUCAAGUCAGCAUAACAUUGAUUGCAACUGGAUUCAAGCGUCAAGAGGAGGGUGAAGGGAGGCCCCCGCAGGCGACUCAACUCACUCAGGCAGAUUCAAGCUUCGGCUUUAAUCGGAGAUCCUCUUCUUUUAAUGAUGGUGGUUUGUUUGAGAUACCUGAAUUCCUAAAGAAGAAAGGAGGUUCACGAUAUCCAAGGGCUUGAUAUUCUUCUUCCCAAUGUCUUUAAUCCCUUGCACUUCUUCACCCUUAGCUAUACACAACACGAAAGUUAAUUACUUUCCACUUCCCAUGAAUGCUUUUCUUGGCAUAUUUGAAUGAGUUCAUUAGCCUGUACAGAGAAUGUUUCUUUAAUGCUGAGAGGUUCAACUUAUUUUUAUCAA